AUGGCUGCUAAGAUCAGCCUCCCGGCAGAUGAAACACGCGCGCUGCGGACGCGUGCUCGGCGUCGAUUUCGGCCGCUGCUUACGAUCUCCCUCGUCGCCCUAGCUCUGUACGCGCUCUGUGCCGUCCUGCCCUUCUCACCAUCCUAUGGCCCAUUCUUCGGCCGCGAGGGACAGCAAUCGUCCCUAUCCUCGGAGAACUCCGACGUGCUCGCCUCCCCCGCUGGCAAGCUCGUACCUCUCGAGGCCCAUAUCAUGAGCAAGUGUCCCGACGCCAAGGACUGCCUCAAGGACCUUGUUCUCCCGACUAUGAUGCGCAUCAGCGAUAAGGUUAACUUCACGCUGUCGUACAUCGGCAGGCCGACCGAGAACGACGGCAUAGAGUGCCGGCACGGCCCGAACGAGUGCAUGGGCAAUAUUAUCGAGCUAUGCGCCCACCACCUAUACCCGGACCCCAAGAUCUAUCUCGGCUUCACCAUGUGCCUGACGAGGGACUAUAAGCUGAUCCCGCAGCGGGAGCUGGUCGAGGAUUGCGCGCUAGAACACGCCAUCGAUUUCGACAAGAUAAACGAGUGCGCUACGAGGGACGACGGUGCCUUCGGUCUAGCCUUGCUGCGGGACAGCGUGAAACGAACCGAGGACGUAUGCCGGGGUUACCAAGAGUUGCACAGUCCGACUUGA